AUGAAAAAAUAUAAAAAAUUGGUUGUUGGUCUGCUUGAAUACAAAAAUUAUUUUAGAAAAAUUUUUCUAUCUAGGUGAGAAUCUCUAUUUUAUAAUCUUUCAACUCGCAAUCAUAUGAUUUUUUUACAACCAAAUCCAAGAGCAAUAUCAUUGAAUCACUACAAUCUUUCUUUUCAAUUUACAGAUUUUACUUCAAAUCCCCCAACAGAAAGCAAUGCCAAUUCUAUUGACAACGUUGGGACUAUUCGAUUUGCUGAUGGCAAUAUCUAUACUGGGGAAAUAGUAAAUGGGCUUAUGCAUGGAGAAGGAAAAUUAGUAUAUCCAAGUGGCGCCUAUUAUGAAGGUGAAUUUUUAUAUGAUAAAUUCGAUGGAUAUGGAAAAUUUAUUUUUGCUUCAAAAGAUAUUUAUGAAGGCUAUUUCAAAGAUAAUGUUUUCCAUGGAAGAGGAAGAUAUAUUUACGCAAAAGGAAAUAUUUAUGAAGGAGAUCAUAAAAAUGGGGAACGGAAUGGCAGAGGUGUUUAUAUUUUUAUAUUUGGGGAUAAAUAUGAAGGCGAAUUUAAAAAUGACAAUUUUGAUGGAAAAGGAAAAUAUUUUUAUGCCAUUUACAAUAUUAUUAUUAAAAGGAAAUAAUUUAAUAAGCUGCUAGUUUUGUAUUAUUUUCAAUAAGAAUUAGAUAUUCCUGCUAAUAAUAAAGAAGGCAGUUUACUAAAAAAAGGAUAAAUUUAAAUAUAAAUACUCUUUAAAUUUAUUUUAUAUUGAUUAAAAUGCUUUUGUAUACUCUGAUGGGACAAUUUAUGUCGGAGAUUUUAAAUGUGACUCAAAACAUGGGAUAGGAAAAUGCAUUUAUAAUGAUAAAAGUAUAUAUGAAGGAGAAUAUUGUGGCAAUAUGCCAAACGGAACAGGAAAAUACAUAGAUGAAAACGGAAACACAUAUACAGGACUUUGGAAAAAUGGAAAAUUUCAAUCCAACGAAGCUCUAAUUAAGCUCGAGCGUUAA